AUGGCUCUACUAUCAUUGCAAGAGCUAUACAAAAUAACCUUCCAUCCCCUCCUAAUCCUCUCUCUUCUUUUCCUUUUCUUUUUUCUUUAUGCUAACCAACAUACUAGACAUGGCAAACCAAAUUUCCCUCCAUCCCCACCAAAGCUACCAAUCAUAGGAAACCUUCACCAGCUUGGCACACUUCCACACCGUUCUCUUCAAGCCCUUUCUAAGAAGUACGGCCCUCUAAUGUUCUUAUACUGGGGCAAAGCUCCAACCCUUGUUGUGUCAUUUGCUGAUAUGACUAGAGAAAUGAUGAAGACACAUGAUAUCGUUUUCUCAAACCGACCCCAAACCACAGCUGCCAAUAUCUUAUUCUAUGGAUGCAAAGACGUAGCGUUCUCAUCCUAUGGUGAGUAUUGGAGACAAGCUAGAAAAAUUUGUGUUCUCGAACUUUUGAGCCUCAAAAGUGUGCAAUCAUUCCAGUAUGUAAGGGAAGAAGAAGUUGAAGCAUUGAUCAACAAGAUACGUCACUCGUGUCUCAAAGGGUCUUCUGUUAAUCUAAGUGAGAUGUUGAUUGCAACCUCAAACAACAUAAUCUCUAGAUGUAUACUUGGACAAAAGUUUGAAGAAGGAAAAGAUGGUAAGAGUAGAUUCGGACAUCUAUCAAGAAGGGCAACGAUGCUACUUGGAGCAUUCUGCUUUGGAGAUUUUUUCCCUUUUUUGGGAUGGAUUGAUGUUCUUACGGGAUUUAUCUCAAGUCUGAAAGCCACUUUCAGAGAAUUAGAUGCUUUAUUAGAUCAAAUGGUUGAAGAACGCAAAACAAUCAAAACUAAAGAUGAUGAGCCUAAUAGGAAAGAUUUAGUUGAUAUUCUCCUCACACUUCAAGAGAAAGGCAUGCAUGAUGUUGAGCUCACUCAAGCCAACCUCAAAGCAAUCCUAUUGGACAUGUUUGUGGGAGGAACUGAUACUAGCUCAACAACUUUGGAAUGGUUAAUGGCGGAGCUCAUAAAAAAUCCAAAUAUUAUGAAGAGAGCACAAGAAGAGGUGAGAAGGGUGGUGGGGAAGAAAUCAAAUAUAGAUGGGAAUGACAUCAAUCAAAUGGAUUAUUUGAAGUGUAUUCUCAAAGAAACUCUAAGACUACAUCCACCAACUCCUCUCUCGUUACCUCGAGAAACAUCAGCAAGUGUAAAAUUUGGAGGUUAUGAUAUUCCGCAAAAAAUAAGAGUAUUUCUCAAUAUAUGGGCAAUCCAAAGGGACCCUAAAGUAUGGGAGAGGCCAGAAGAAUUCCUCCCAGAGAGAUUCGUAGACAAUCCGGUCGAUUUCAAAGGCCAAGACUUUGAAUUCAUCCCAUUUGGAGGUGGGAGAAGGGGAUGUCCGGGGUUGACAUUCGGUGUUACUUCAGUCGAAUAUGUGGUUGCAAACAUCUUAUGUUGGUUUGACUGGAAGUUGCCUAGCGCUAGUGUAGAGGGGAAGGACUUGGACAUGAGUGAAUCUAACGGCCUUAUUGUGACGAAGAAAAUUCCUCUUCAUCUUGUACCAGUAUUGCACUCUCCUUCUUCUAUGCAUUAAGAGAUUUGUGGUUGAUGCGCUUAUAAUGUAACUUUUCUUCGUUCACUUAGUGUGUUUUAGUAUUUGCUGUUGUUUAUGUUUGAAAUUAAUGUAAUCAUGUAAGGGGAGGUG